AUGAGUGGUUUGCCAGGGCAAGUUCUAGGUGGCGCCGGGACCAUCACUGCGAAUCUACAUCUCGGAAGUCCAGGGCAACAAAUCACGGUCCAGCUGGACUCGGGAUCACAGAAGCUCAUGGGCAUCCAUCAGACCUGCCGCAACUUGGGCAAUUGCUUCAUGGUUCAGCCUGCGGGUCAGACGACGGUCGCUCUGGUGCCAGGCACAGACAUUGAUCAACCGCAGUGUCAACAGCAGAAGGAGGACAUAUCCGCAGCAUUGCAGGGGAAAUGUCAAAUGGGAUCGCGUUCUGUGUUUUGUGACUGCGGCAGUCGCGAGGACUGCUUCUCAAUGAUCCUGGAAGCUGCAUCGAAGAGUGUUGUGCCCAACCAGGUUUGCGCCGUUACACGCAAGAUGUGUGGCGACCCCGUGGACUUCCACCCAGAAGCGUCGAGCACCUUUGAGCCAGCAAAUUUCCCGAGUUUUGCAUUCGCGAAGCCUCCUGGGAAGCAGCAGGUCACUGUUCAAUGUGACAG